AAGAGUUUACUAUGGAUUCUGUUGUGAGUAGUUCUGUUAGUGGCUUCUGUGAUAAUAUGUUGAAGGAGCUUAAAACCUUCAGAUUAAGCGUCUGGGGAAAGUGGCUUGGUUACCUUGCUUCCCUGUUUUGUUUAGGCGCACUGUUUUCCUUUGGAAAGUACAGUAACUUCUUCCAUUGGAUUAUCGCCCUCGUACUGCUUCUUGCCGUUGUUGCAUUGAUCUGGUUCCCAUGCUUCAAGUGCUUCAGUAGCAUUAAGAAUAUCAACGAGAAGCUUUCUGCUGCUCACAAUCCCUUGAUUAUUGGUGUUGUCAUGCUUCUGACGUGCUGGAGUUUCUGGAAGCCCACCAUCAUUGGUGCCAUCCUCAUUGGUAUUGCUGGUCUCUUCGAUAUUAUCGGAUCCUUUGUCGAUAAGAAGGGUGGCAACGAUAGCAUGGUUUAACCGUUACGUUUUGU